AUGAUUGAGGGCACAUCAGAAAUGGAGCCACUAGGUACUGACCGGGCCCCGAGUCCCCCGAGGGGUCUGUGUAGGCGGAACUCCGGAGUGGCCUCUGAGCAGGCCCAAGAGUCAUAUGCUGCCAUCAUGACGGCUGAAGAAACAGUGAAUGUUAAAGAAGCUGAAAUAAUUAAACUAAUACUAGAUUUUCUGAACUCAAGGAAACUUCAUAUCAGUAUGCUGGCACUUGAGAAAGAAAGCGGGGUCAUUAAUGGCUUGUUUUCAGACGACAUGCUUUUUCUAAGGCAAUUGAUUCUUGAUGGUCAGUGGGAUGAGGUUCUUCAAUUUAUUCAGCCUCUUGAAUGUAUGGAAAAAUUCGACAAGAAAAGGUUCCGUUACAUUAUAAUGAAGCAGAAGUUCUUGGAAGCCUUAUGUGUAAACAAUGCGAUGUCAGCAGAAGAUGAGCCUCAGCAUCUGGAGUUUACAAUGCGAGAGGCUGUCCAGUGCCUACAUGCGUUGGAAGAAUAUUGUCCCUCUAAGGAAGACUAUAGCAAACUCUGCUUGCUGCUGACGCUGCCUCGCUUGACCAACCACGCCGAGUUCAAGGACUGGAAUCCCAGCACUGCUCGGGUUCACUGCUUUGAAGAAGCCUGCGUCAUGGUGGCAGAGUUUACUUUUGAUAGGAAACUGAGUGAGGCUGGCUUCAAAGCAAGUAGCAAUCGUUUAUUUCAGCUUGUAAUGAAGGGAUUGCUUUAUGAAUGUUGUGUGGAAUUCUGUCAGAGUAAAGCAACAGGAGAAGAAAUCACAGAAAGUGAAGUAUUGCUGGGCAUUGAUCUCUUGUGCGGUAAUGGGUGUGAUGACUUGGACCUUAGCUUAUUAUCAUGGCUGCAGAAUCUGCCAGCUACUGUUUUCUCAUGUGCUUUUGAACAAAAGAUGCUUAAUAUUCAUGUUGAUAAACUCCUCAAGCCUACAAAAGCUGCUUAUGCUGAUCUUUUGACACCUCUUAUCAGCAAACUUUCUCCUUAUCCAUCAUCCCCAAUGAGGCGGCCUCAGUCAGCAGAUGCUUACAUGACCCGCUCCUUAAACCCUGCCUUAGAUGGGCUGUCAUGUGGAUUAACAAGUCAUGAUAAGCGAGUCACAGACCUUGGGACCAAAACUUCUCCAAUGUCGCACUCCUUUGCUAAUUUCCAUUACCCAGGAGUACAGAAUCUCAGCCGAAGUCUCAUGCUUGAGAAUACUGAGUGUCACAGCAUUUUUGAAGAGUCACCUGAGCGUGAUACUCCUGUUGAGCCACAGCAUCCCAUCAACAGUGAGACUUUGUGCCAGAGUUCAGUUCCAGAAAAUGAACCACUUAAUGGAGCACAGAGUCAGGGAUCAGCCAAACAAGAGAAAAAUGAGCUUCGUGAUUCAACAGAGCAGUUUCAGGAAUAUUACAGACAAAGACUACGUUACCAGCAGCACUUGGAACAGAAAGAGCAACAACGACAGUUGUACCAGCAAAUGUUAUUGGAGGGAGGUGUAAAUCAAGAAGACGGAGCUGACCAGCAACAGAAUCUUACUGAACAGUUUCUGAACAGAUCUAUCCAGAAACUAGGAGAAUUAAAUAUAGGUAUGGACAGUCUUGGAAAUGAUGUACAAACCCUUAGCCAGCAAUGUAACGGGAGCAAAGGGAAUGCAUCUACCAAUCCAGCAAGUAACUUUACAUCGCUGCCUUCAGAUGCUAGUCAGAGGACAACAGCUGAUAGCCAGAAUGUUAACACAAGCACUCCUCGGAAGCGUGGAUCAGCUAAUCAGAUACCCUUUCCUGAAGAGUCCCCUGUACAGGGGAAUCAAACUGUAUCAGAACAUGCUGUCACUCAGCCACAGUUGGAAGACUCUUCAGGGAAUUUAACUAGGACAAGGAGUGAUGAGGAUGACAAAUCAAAAAAGCAGUUCAUUUGCAUUAAUACUCUAGAAGACACACAAGCUGUUAGAGCUGUAGCCUUUCAUCCCAGUGGGAGUUUAUAUGCUGUUGGCUCCAACUCUAAAACUUUGAGAGUUUGUGCCUAUCCAGAAGUAAUUGACCCAAGUGCUUAUAACACUCCUAAACAACCUGUAGUACGCUUCAAAAGGAACAAGCAUCAUAAAGGAUCAAUCUACUGUGUAGCCUGGAGUCCCUGUGGACAGCUCUUAGCUACUGGUUCUAAUGAUAAAUAUGUGAAAGUACUGCCUUUUAAUGCAGAAACCUGUAAUGCAACAG